AUGGACAAGCUUUUUGGUGGUAAUCAAGGCGAGGCGGACAUGACCAGAAUGGCAAUUAUCAGGCAACAAUUGGGAUUGAUUCAAGGGGAUGAGUUGACGAAAGAAGUUAGUAUGGGAGUUAGUGAGGUGGAAAAGGCUUGA